AGGGCGGAGCGGGCAUGGCCCGCCGGGGGGCCGCCGCGCUGGCGCUGGCCUUGGCGCUCCUGGCGGUGGCCCUGUCUGGAGUCGGAGCCCAGGGCGCAGCCCUCGAGGACCCGGACUACUACGUCCAGGAGACCUGGAGCCGGAAGCCGGAGCCGGAGCCCUUGUCCUUGUCGCCUUCGCUGCCCGCGGGGGCUGGGGCGGGGGAGCGGGAGCCGCAGCCUCCGCAGCCCAGGACGCCCAAAAGGGCCACCAAGCCAAAGAAAGCUCCCAAGAGAGAAAAGCUGGCUCUGGAGACGCCCCCGCCAGGUAAAAAAAGCAACAGAAAAGGCAUGAGAACCAAGAGCUUGGAGAAGGCUGCCAACGAUGAUCACAAUGUCCCUGUGGCCCAUGAAGAUGUCAGAGAGAGUUGCCCACCGCUUGGUCUGGAAACCCUGAAAAUCACAGACUUCCAGCUCCACGCCUCCACGGCGAAGCGCUAUGGCCUGGGAGCGCACCGGGGGAGACUCAACAUCCAGGCGGGGAUUAACGAGAACGAUUUCUACGACGGGGCGUGGUGCGCGGGGAGGAACGACCUCCACCAGUGGAUCGAGGUGGACGCCAGGCGCCUCACCAGGUUCACGGGCGUCAUCACCCAAGGCAGGAACUCGCUCUGGCUGAGUGACUGGGUGACAUCCUACAAGGUCAUGGUGAGCAAUGACAGCCAUACCUGGGUCACUGUUAAGAAUGGAUCUGGAGACAUGAUCUUCGAAGGAAACACUGAGAAGGAGAUCCCCGUCCUCAACGAGCUGCCGGUCCCCAUGGUGGCCCGCUACCUUCGCGUCAACCCGCGCUCCUGGUUCGACAACGGGAGCAUCUGUCUGAGGAUGGAGAUCCUGGGCUGCCCGCUGCCGGAUCCUAACAACUACUAUCACCGACGGAACGAAAUGACCACCACCGACGACCUGGAUUUUAAGCACCACAACUAUAAGGAGAUGCGCCAGUUGAUGAAGGUCGUGAAUGAAAUGUGCCCCAAUAUCACCAGAAUCUACAACAUCGGCAAAAGCCACCAGGGCCUGAAGCUGUACGCCGUGGAGAUCUCGGACCGCCCUGGGGAGCACGAAGUCGGUGAGCCCGAGUUCCACUACAUCGCGGGCGCCCAUGGCAACGAGGUGCUGGGCCGCGAGCUGCUGCUGCUGCUGCUGCAGUUCCUGUGCCAGGAGUACCUGGCCCGGAACGCACGCAUCGUCCGCCUGGUGGAGGAGACCCGGAUCCACAUCCUCCCCUCGCUCAACCCCGACGGCUACGAGAAGGCCUAUGAAGGGGGCUCGGAGCUGGGCGGCUGGUCCCUGGGACGCUGGACCCACGACGGGAUAGACAUCAACAACAACUUCCCUGACUUAAACACGCUGCUCUGGGAGGCAGAAGACCGACAGAACGGCCUGAGGAAAGCUCCCAAUCACUACAUUGCAAUCCCUGAGUGGUUUCUGUCGGAAAAUGCCACGGUGGCCGCAGAGACCCGAGCGGUCAUAGGGUGGAUGGAGAAAAUCCCCUUCGUGCUGGGCGGCAACCUGCAGGGGGGCGAGCUGGUGGUGGCCUACCCCUACGACAUGGUGCGGUCCCCGUGGAAGACCCAGGAGCACACGCCCACGCCCGACGACCACGUGUUCCGCUGGCUGGCCUACUCCUACGCCUCCACGCACCGCCUCAUGACGGACGCCCGGCGCAGGGUGUGCCACACCGAGGACUUCCAGAAGGAGGACGGCACCGUCAACGGGGCGUCCUGGCACACCGUCGCGGGAAGUCUGAACGAUUUCAGCUACCUUCACACAAACUGCUUCGAGCUGUCCAUCUAUGUGGGCUGUGACAAAUACCCCCAUGAGAGCCAGCUGCCCGAGGAGUGGGAGAACAACCGGGAAUCUUUGAUCGUGUUCAUGGAGCAGAUUCAUCGCGGCAUCAAAGGUGUGGUGAGAGACUUACACGGAAAAGGAAUUCCAAAUGCCGUUAUCUCCGUAGAAGGCGUUAACCAUGACAUCCGAACAGGUAACUGCAAAUGCAUGCAAACUAUUUCUUGGUAGGAAAUACCCAUUCUCCUGAAGUGUUCCACUAGAGUUACAGUCACGAAUUGAAUGCCAGGAACUGCCUACUCAGAGCUCCUUCCCCUGACUGUCCACUGUCCAAGAGGCCCCGAAA